ACUAUUAGUGAUUUUUGUUUAUGUGUUAAAAGGUUUACUGUUAGUAAAAUAUUAAGAGAAGGAAGCAAAGAAAUAUGGCAAAGGCAUCUUCUACACUUGUUCUCUCAAUCAUCUUCCUUGUUAUGUUUGCCUUAGUUGAGCAAAAUAUGGGAUGCACAGCGACUAUGGGACCAUGCGAAAAGGAUAAAAGCUGUAGUGCCACAUGCAGAGCUACGUUUGGAGAUAGGGCUAAUGGCUUCUGCGACUACAGUACUAGUACUAGUCCUGGUGGAGAAUGUACUUGCGUCUACCAUUGUCCGCCUGUGGUGCCUCAUGAAUCCCAUUUGUGAUUUCUACUUUGAAAUAUUUUCAUUUCUUCAAUAUAUGUUGAAAUUAAAAGUUGAAAUAUCCAAAUUAUGUAUUAGCAAUUUCUACUCAUCGAGUUUUAAUAAGAAAUGAAAUAAGACCACAUC